CAACCUCAAGUAUUUCUUUGUAUCAGUGUGAAAACAGACUAAUAUGCUUUCUGAUAUUCAUGCUUGAGGAAUUGGGGGAUUCAGACUACCCGGGAUAAAAUUGUGCCCCACCCUUAGCAGUCAUGUGACCUUGGGGAGGUUACUUACCUUCUCCAUCUCAACUUCUUCUGUAAAAUCUGUUAAAUGAGAUUGUUUCUGAGGGUUAAAUGUCCAUAACACAGUGGGCAGAUUGUUUCUGAGGGUUAAAUGAGCAUAACACACUGGGGACACUGUCAGGCACACACUACUUGCCAGAUGUCGAGUAUUCAUCUUUAUUGAAUUAGGACUGUGGUAACCCACUUUAGACUGCAGUAACCCACUUUAUGGCUCUCGAUUUUGUAUGACGGAAUCAUACUUAGUGCUUUGUUAGUAAAAGAAAGAAAAUCUGAAAGUCCCUGCCAUGGAAGGAAGAAAUAGCGGGGAGAAAAGGGAGUUGGUAAGUUUCAGCAUUUCAGAGCUUGGAGGGACGAGUUAGGUUUCUAUUUUAUGGAGAAGGAGGUGGAGGCAGGAUGGGUCCUAAGGUGUCAUUCAAGACACACAGCCAUAACUCUUUACUGAGAAUAGAGCUAGGGCCCCAGGGAUUGCUGUGGUCGAGUUGCAGACAAAAAACAACCACUCAUUGGAAGACAGGAGAGGAGUGUUUAGUUACAAAAGCAGUCAGCCAUUCAGGUGUAUCUACAUUCAGUCAGUAAAUAAAAGUUGUUCAGCUUGGUUGCUAAUGGGACCCACUCUACUGAGGCUUUGUGUAGAACUCAUAGAGGAAGAUGGCUUCAAGCAACGAACUACCCUGUGCUUUUCUUAGGACUAAAAAGCUCAGGAAGCUGGUGAUGAAUGAAAACCUUAGUCCCACUGGCACUGCACGAGGGGCCAGGAGAGCAGCAGCAUCAUAAGCCACAGGGUGGGGCAGCCCAGGCAGGGGCAUUCUGAGCUGUUGGGGAGGGGUGGCAACCAGGGUGGGGCACUGUGAACUGUCGGGGAGGGCAUUGUGAAGUGUGAGGUGGGGCAUUGUGUGCCACAUGCCUGGGCUCCCACCUGGGCCAGUGGGCUUCAGUCUGUAGGUGACUACAGAAGGAGGAGGAGCUCCGUCUGUUCUCUCUUCAGGCAGUUGUUGUGUCUCUCAGCGCUUGUUGGGUUCAAAACCUAUUAAAUAAGUCGACUGGUCUCCACCCUCCCAGACAAGUCAGCUCAGGGGAGGUGGCAGGGUGCGGGCCUUGGCCCACAGCCACGGCCGGGGCCAGGGCCGGCUGUGAGGUGGGCAGGCGAGCAGCAGACAAGACCGUCUCUGCAAGUGCAGCAUAGCCUUGGCCUAGGAUAGCAGGAGUGCGUGGCCAAAGCUGUGAGCAGGGGCACAGGUGGUGGCAGACAGUAGAGGCGCCUUAUGGGGAACAUACUGACCUGUUGUGUGCGCCCCAGUGACCCUGAGUUUGACCAGCAACAGGGGUCCAUGUGUCCCUCUGAAUCUGAGAUCUAUGAGGCCAGAGCUGGGGACAGGAUGGCAGGAGCUGGGAACAGAAUGGCAGGAGCUGGGGACAGGAUGGCAGGAGAUGGGGCCGGGAUGGCAGGGGCACCCAUGGCUGCUGCUGUGCAGCCUGCUGAGGUGACUGUUGAAGUUGGUGAGGACCUCCACAUGCACCACAUCCAUGACCGGGAGAUGCCUGAAGCUUUGGAGUUUAACCCUUCUGCCAAUCCAGAGGCAAGCACAAUAUUCCAGAGGAACUGUCAAACAGAUGCUUUGGAUUUUAACCCUUCUGCCAAUCCGGAGGCAACCACAAUAUUCCAGAGGAACUCUCAGACAGAUGUUGUAGAAAUAAGAAGAAGCAAUUGUACAAACCGUGUAUCUACUGUGCAUUUCAGUCAACAAUACAGCUCAUGUUCGACAAUAUUCCUUGAUGACAGCACAGCCAGCCAGCCUUAUCUUACAAUGACAAUAAUAUCAGUGACUUUGGAGAUACAUCAUGAUAUCACGCAAAGACAUGCAGAUGGAUCUUUGAGCAUAUUUGAUGAACAGUUAUACUCAUUUACGGUUUCCACCAUGCACAUUACCCAGACAAGAAGUGAAGGUGGGAGUUUUAGUAAGGAUUCCUCCUCCAUUCCAUCGACUCCCAGCACCAGCCAGGAGGACCUUCAGAUCAAUGUUCCUCCCACUGCUGACACACCCACGCCCGUUCGCAAGCAGUCCAAGCGCUGGUCCAAGCUGUUUACAUCUGAGAAAGGGAGUGACCCAGACAAAGAGAAGAAAGCCCCGGAGAGCCAUGCUGACACCAUCGGGAGUGGCAGAGCCAUCCCCAUUAAACAGGGCAUGCUCUUAAAGCUAAGUGGGAAAUGGCUGAAGAAAUGGAAAAAGAAAUAUGCCACCCUCUGUGACAAUGGCAUGCUCACCUAUUAUUCAAGCUUAGGUGAUUAUAUGAAGAAUAUUCACAAAAAAGAGAUUGACCUUCGAACAUGUACCAUCGAAGUCCCAGGAAAGAGGCCACCCCUAGCCACACUGGCCAGUGCACCCAUUUCCAGCUCUAAAGGCAAUGGCCUAUUCAAGGACAUGAACAGUCUAUGUACCUCAGCCAAUUCAGACACCGGACUGGGUGACUCCAUAUGCUCCAGCCCCAAUAUCUCCAGCACCACCAGCCCCAAGCUCAACCCACCCCCCUCUUCUCAUGCCAACAAAAAGAAACAACAAAGGAAGAAAUGCACCAACAACUUAAAAGACAAUGGCCUGUCUGGCACUGCUGAAAAACAAGCAGAAAACUUUAUCAUUGUGUCCCUCACUGGCCAAACGUGGCACUUUGAAGCCACGUCAUAUGAGGAGCAGGAUGCCUGGGUCCAAGCCAUCGAGAGCCAGAUCGUGGCCAGCCUGCAGUCAUGCUAGAGCAGCAAAAGCAAGUUCCGGCUACUUUAGACUAGCACAAUGUUAUUUACUAAUAAUCUUGAUCCUUAGCUACAUUUCUCUGCAAUAAAUUUGCUAUGAUGCCAUGAUGGGGAUCAGCAAGCUACGUUUUCCAAGUUCCUUCUAGUGGGAUCCUGCUAGGUUCUGCUAUUGGGAGGUACUAGAGAAACAUAGAAAGGCAAGAGAAUGGAAAAAUAGAUCUCCUUUUCCUGUUUAUUUGCUGUCCUUGCCGAUGUUCUCCCAAGAACAUCUCCUUGCCGUAGGAGCAGUAAUUGUUUCAGUUUACCAGUUUUUUCAGAGCCCCAGAAAGUGCCUCUUCUGAGGUAACAGCAGCAGUUGGAACAUAUCUCUCCCUCAGAGAUCUAGUCUCAGCCCAGGAAGGCUUUUACUCUGAGCUUUAAUUGUAAUAACUCCAAUCUCUUCCCUUCAUUCAUUUAAGCUUCUGAGGAGGCCCCUAUGUGGCCAGGAGAUGGUGGUGAUGGCUGCAUCUUGCAGUCAUUUUCUUUGCUUUCUACAGUGUUGUUACUUGUUUCUCCUAUUUCCUAUGUGGUCAAUGUUUUAAUAUUAACUCAUAGUCAUAGUGUAGUAUUAGUACUUUAUGUGAAAUGACAUGUUUUUUAUAAUGUAGCCACGGCCUACCAAUAGCAUAUUUUCUUUUAGAUUUGGUAAUAUAUAUUUUGCUUCAGUGACUUUAUAUCGUUAUUCGUUGCCCAAAUUACUUUUUCAUAUACAAAACAUCCAAUAUUACCUGGUCCCAUCAUUUCUUCUGAUAUCCAUUGUCCUAUGAUUUCUCCUGGAAAGUGAAUUGUUUAUCCAUCCAUUUCAGUCUCUGAAGUCAUACAGGUCUAUCUAUGUAGAACUCCUGUGCUGCAAUUUAUUCCCUGUGUGAAACUGGGCAAUUCAUUAAUCUGGGAAUAUGUUUCUUCAUAUGCAAAUCAGAGGUAACACUUACCUCACAACAUUGUUUAGAGCAUUAAAAGAAAUAUCAUAUGAUGUCUUUCACACA